AGCUCGAGUGCACACACACAUACUUCCUUGCUGUGUGUGCUCUGCUUUCCAGGACCUACCAUAGGCGGUAGAACACCUGGACAAGGCCCAGGCAGCUAGGGGCAGCUGCCGAACCUGCACUGCUCCCACACCUGCCAGAGUGUGCCCUGGGCCCAGCUCCCGCAGUGCCUGAACUACUUUGUUUUCUGCUGCUGCACAGGAGAGCACACUCCUUUGGCCUCUGCUUCCCAGGAAGACGGCACUCACGAUUCUGGAUUUGCGCUGGUGCCCCCAUUUCUUCCCCAGGAUGGGCCUCGCAACAACUGGCUUCAGCACAGGCUCUGCCUUGCUCCAGGUGCAGGAAGGAGGAUAAAACAGGGCUAUAAGGCAGGCUCACCUGGACAGGUCCUAUGGGCCUCUCCCAACAUCGACCCCUCCAAGCAUCUCCUCUGCCUGGCUGGAGCCUCCUGCGCCACCACCAAGAAUGAGUGGCGAUGUCCUCUAGGCUUCCCUAGCAGCGCCUCAGCUCUCCCUUGGUGCAUAGCAGCUGACUGGGACUUGGGGUUUCUCAGACAGGUGGCAACACCGGCGGUCAGCAAUGACUGUCCAGAGACUCGUUGCUGUGGCUGUGCUGGUGGCCCUGGUCUCACUCAUCCUCAACAACGCAGCGGCCUUCACCCCCAACUGGGUAUACCAGAUGCUAGAGGAUGGGCGCAAACGCAGCGUGGGGCUCUGGAGGUCCUGCUGGCUGCCAGACUGGGGCCGGGCAGGGCCUGGCCCUGGGGCCAAAGCUGGCCAGGUGGACAUCCAAGACUGUGAGGCGCUGGGCUGGGGCUCUGAGUUGGCUGGCUUCCAGGAGUCCCGGGGCACUGUCAAACUGCAGUUCGACAUGAUGAGAGCCUGUAACCUGGUUGCCACAGCAGCGCUUGCCGCAGGCCAGCUCACCUUCAUACUGGGGCUCACAGGCCUGCCCUUGCUGUCGCCUGAUGUCCAGUGCUGGGAGGAGGCCAUGGCUGCUGCAUUCCAGCUGGCAAGUUUUGUCUUGGUCAUUGGGCUGGUGACUUUCUACAGAAUCGGCCCAUAUACUAACCUGUCCUGGUCUUGCUACCUGAACAUUGGUGCCUGCCUUCUGGCCACCCUGGCAGCAGCCAUGCUCAUCUGGAACAUUCUUCACAGGAGAGAGGACUGCAUGGCACCGAGGGUGAUUGUCAUCAGCCGCUCCCUCACAGCGCGGUUCCGCCGUGGGCUGGACAAUGACUAUGUGGAGUCACCGUGCUGAGCUGCCCUCCUCCAGGCUCUCUGUGAAGAUCCAUUAUCACAGAAGGUCCUAGAAACUGAUGGUUUCUUCCAAGUCACUGUCAUUGUGCAGAGGCACAUGCUAAGCCCAUAUGUGUACACAUAUGUAUGAUACACAUGUACCUUUACUGUUACAUAUAAGUAUAUAUAUAUGUGUGUGUGUAUAAUAUGUCUAUACCUGAUGUGGUCAGCACACGUGGCUUCAUGUGUAUGCUGAAGGGUGGAGACCAGACUCUGAGACUUGGAGUGAGAGUGCGUGGCUGCCAGGCUCUCCUCUGUGGUUGGGAUUAAUUUAUUCUGCAUCUGCUGGGAGGGGCAUCCCUGGUCAUAGUUUACUUGGGUAAAGCAGAAAACCCAAGAAGAUUUUCUUGAAAUAGCCAUGAUAUAACUUGAGUAAGAAUCAUAACCAGAGAGUAAUGGUUUUAUGAUGAAAGCAUGUUCAUAGUGUACGUCUUACUCCCAACUAUUUUUCUUUUUCUAAGUUAAAAUAAAUACAAAUCUCUUAACUC